CGCCGCAGAGCUGCGUAUCGAUUGCGCACUCUGAUUGGAUAGCAGGGAAGCCUGUCAGUUUAUUGGCCCCGCUGUUUCCGCCUCGUAGCGCAGGUCAGCCUUUAACCUUUGGCCCCAGCGGGCGCCAGCCACUCAGAUCGCUUCUUCUUGGUAUGUGCAGCGGCAGUGGCCGCCGGCGGAGCAGUCUGAACCCGACGAUGAGGCCGGGAACGGGAGCCGAGCGUGGAGGCCUCAUGGUGAGUGAAAUGGAGAGCCAACCUCCCUCGCGGGGUCCCGGGGACGGGGAGCGGAGACUGUCCGGCUCAAGCCUCUGCUCCAGCUCUUGGGUCUCUGCUGACGGCUUCCUGAGGAGACGGCCCUCGAUGGGGCACCCUGGCAUGCAUUAUGCCCCAAUGGGAAUGCACCCUAUGGGUCAGAGAGCAAAUAUGCCUCCUGUACCUCAUGGAAUGAUGCCGCAAAUGAUGCCUCCUAUGGGAGGGCCACCAAUGGGACAAAUGCCUGGAAUGAUGUCUUCAGUAAUGCCUGGAAUGAUGAUGUCUCAUAUGUCUCAGGCUUCCAUGCAGCCUGCCUUACCGCCAGGAGUAAAUAAUAUGGAUGUAGCAACAGGCACAGCAUCUGGCGCAAAAUCAAUGUGGACUGAACAUAAAUCACCUGAUGGGAGGACUUACUACUACAAUACUGAAACAAAACAGUCUACUUGGGAGAAACCAGAUGAUCUUAAAACACCUGCUGAGCAACUUUUAUCUAAAUGCCCCUGGAAGGAGUACAAAUCUGACUCUGGAAAGCCUUACUAUUACAAUUCUCAGACAAAAGAAUCCCGCUGGGCCAAACCUAAAGAACUUGAGGAUCUUGAAGGAUACCAGAAUACCAUUGUUGCUGGAAGUCUUAUUACAAAAUCAAACCUGCAUGCAAUGAUCAAAGUGGAAGAAAGCAGUAAGCAAGAAGAGUGCAUCACAGCAGCAACAGCCCCAGUUCCUACAACAGAAAUUCCAACCACAAUGAGCACCAUGGCGGCUGCAGAAGCAGCCGCUGCUGUUGUGGCAGCCGCCGCCGCAGCUGCAGCUGCCGCCGCCGCAGCCAGUGCCAGUUCUUCCACCUCUGCUUCCAACACUGUCAGUGGAACUGUUUCAGUUGUUCCUGAGCCUGAAGUUACUUCAAUUGUUGCUACUGUUGUAGAUAAUGAAAAUACAGUAACAAUCUCAACUGAAGAACAAGCACAGCUCACUAGUACUCCUGCUCAGGAUCAAAGUGCUGAAGUAUCGAGUAACACUGGAGAAGAAGCAUCUAAGCAGGAAACUGUAGCUGAUUUUACUCCCAAAAAAGAAGAGGAGGAAAGCCAACCAGCAAAAAAAACAUAUACUUGGAAUACAAAGGAGGAAGCAAAGCAAGCAUUUAAAGAAUUAUUGAAAGAAAAGCGGGUACCAUCUAAUGCUUCAUGGGAGCAAGCUAUGAAAAUGAUCAUUAAUGAUCCACGGUACAGUGCUUUAGCGAAGUUGAGUGAAAAAAAGCAGGCCUUUAAUGCUUACAAAGUCCAGACAGAGAAAGAAGAAAAAGAAGAAGCAAGAUCAAAAUACAAAGAAGCUAAGGAAUCCUUUCAGCGUUUUCUUGAAAAUCAUGAGAAAAUGACUUCCACAACCAGAUAUAAAAAAGCAGAGCAAAUGUUUGGAGAGAUGGAAGUUUGGAAUGCAAUAUCAGAACGUGAUCGUCUUGAAAUCUAUGAAGAUGUUUUAUUCUUCCUUUCAAAAAAAGAAAAGGAGCAAGCAAAGCAAUUGAGAAAGAGAAAUUGGGAAGCAUUAAAAAACAUACUUGACAACAUGGCUAAUGUAACAUACUCUACUACUUGGUCUGAAGCCCAGCAGUAUCUGAUGGAUAAUCCAACUUUUGCAGAAGAUGAAGAAUUACAGAACAUGGAUAAAGAAGAUGCAUUAAUUUGCUUUGAAGAACACAUUCGGGCUUUGGAAAAAGAAGAAGAAGAAGAAAAACAGAAGAGUUUGCUGAGAGAAAGGAGACGUCAGCGUAAAAAUAGAGAGUCUUUUCAGAUAUUUUUAGAUGAACUGCAUGAACAUGGACAACUGCAUUCUAUGUCAUCUUGGAUGGAAUUGUAUCCAACAAUUAGUUCUGACAUUAGAUUCACUAACAUGCUUGGUCAGCCGGUUUUUUCAUUAGGAUCAACCGCACUUGACCUUUUCAAGUUUUAUGUUGAGGAUCUUAAAGCACGUUAUCAUGAUGAGAAGAAGAUAAUAAAAGACAUUCUAAAGGAUAAAGGAUUUGUAGUUGAAGUAAAUACCACUUUUGAAGACUUUGUGGCAAUAAUCAGCUCAACUAAAAGAUCAACCACGUUAGAUGCCGGAAAUAUUAAAUUGGCUUUCAAUAGUUUAUUAGAAAAGGCAGAAGCCCGUGAACGUGAAAGAGAAAAAGAGGAGGCUCGGAAGAUGAAACGAAAAGAAUCUGCAUUUAAGAGUAUGUUGAAACAAGCCACGCCUCCAAUAGAAUUGGAUGCCGUCUGGGAAGAUAUUCGGGAGAGAUUUGUAAAAGAGCCAGCAUUCGAGGACAUAACUCUGGAGUCUGAAAGAAAACGAAUAUUUAAAGAUUUUAUGCAUGUGCUUGAGCAUGAAUGUCAACAUCAUCAUUCAAAGAAUAAGAAACAUUCUAAAAAAUCUAAAAAACAUCACAGGAAACGUUCUCGCUCUAGAUCGGGGUCAGAUUCAGAUGAUGAUGACAGCCAUUCAAAGAAAAAGAGACAGCGAUCAGAGUCUCGUUCUGCCUCAGAGCAUUCUUCUAGUGCUGAGUCUGAGAGAAGUUAUAAGAAGUCGAAAAAACAUAAGAAGAAAAGCAAGAAGAGGAGACAUAAAUCUGAUUCUCCAGAGUCAGAUGCUGAGCGAGAGAAGGACAAAAAAGAAAAAGACCGGGAAAGUGAAAAAGACAGAACCAGACAAAGAUCAGAAUCAAAACACAAAUCACCUAAGAAAAAGACUGGAAAGGAUUCUGGUAAUUGGGAUACUUCUGGCAGUGAACUGAGUGAAGGGGAAUUGGAAAAGCGCAGAAGGACCCUUCUGGAGCAACUGGAUGAUGAUCAAUAAAUUAUACCAAAUAUAUGUUUACAGUAUGAUUUAAAGUCUAAUUCAGACCAGGGACUCUAUUUUAAAGUUCAAUUGAAAUAACACUGGGUUUUAAUUAUAUCACAGGAAAAAAAGUGCAUUUAAGUAUUGUUAUUGUGGACUUUAUAAAAACAAAGGAAAUUGAAAAUAACUUUUGAUUCUGUAUCAAGAAUCAUAUUUUCAUACACUCAUAACUGUCUGUGACCCUUUCAUAGGGCACUGCAGGAUGGAUUAAAGGUGGCAAUUGACUGAUAACUGCAGGUGUCUCUACUUUGUUCUAAAGUCUAAGUCAUGAGCGGAUUUGAUUUACUUUAUAGAUGUUGGAUUUUGAAGAUACAAUGGAAAAUUUUUUGAUAUCUAGUAGUACAAAAAAAGCACCAGCAAAUGAUGAAACUGCUUUUUUGUGCACUACCCACCUGGCUAAAGCUGAUAGGAUCUUUUAUGGUGAAUUCAGAAAUAGGUGUUCUUAAUGGAAACCUGGUAGACCCUUAACUAUAGCAGUGCUGACGAGCACUAACUACUAUAAUAAAGCCACCAUUAUUUUUUAUGAAACAUCUGAAUACAUUUUAAAAAGGCUAUUACGAGGGCAUUAUUUUGAGGUGAUGUUUAAAAGGCUAACAUCAAAUCAAGUUGUAAAUUAGUUUAAAUAUAUUGCCUUAAGGACCUACUAAAGAAUGUGCCACCAAACUUGUAAGUGAUAGUUGCAAUAUCCUUGUCUAAAACAAAAAAUGUUGACAUAAACAUUUUCUUUAAUAACAGUUUUUUUUUUAAUCCUAUCGCUUUUUUUCAUUGAGGAAGCCUUUUACCUUCCCUACUCACUGAGAAGUAUUGACUUCGUGGUACACAUUCUAAAGCAUUUCUGAUUUGAAUAUUUUUGUACAUUUUUAUCAAUGAUUAAACCUUCUCUUCUAGCGUGUACUAGUAUUUAUUUCUACUGCUCAGCUCAAAAAAAUGUUGUAUGAUCAAAGAUAAAAGAUAACUAAAUCCUUGAAAUUUUGUUUCAUCUUACCCACGUAGCUAGGUUAUUUUCAACAUUGUUAUAAAUCAGUGCAUUUUGAUGCCCCUCUGUUUGUUUUUAAUCUGUGAAUUUCCUACAGAAUACUUUAGAGAGGCAAUGGUUUGAAGCUAGAAUACUCCACAUGCUACCUUUUGAAGGUUGGUAAUGUAAUUUAUACUAUUUCCUUCAGUGCAGGAGAUUUUUUUAAGUAAAUAAAUUUUAGCACAUAGUCUUUGGUAUUAAGUAUUUUUUUAUUUUGGACUUGGAGCAAUCCUGUUCAAAGCUGGGAUUUAGAAGAAAAAAAAGUUGAUUUCAUUUUUCCUCCACCAUCCUAACAAAUUUGAAAGUGGGACUGACCAGGACAACUGUUUCCCAUCCCUGCCCCUUGUUUCAGUUCUAUCUAGUGUCCACUGUUGAAGCCUCAGGGUGGUGGGGGAUUGUUUCUAAUCUGUGAAGUCAUUUUUCUGCUGUGAAAUGACAUGAUUUUGAAGAAAGUGAGAAUAUCUAUCUUUAGAAUAUGUGAAGUAAUCAAGUUGCUUGCUUGAGGUUAGUCUCUUGUCUAUUAGAACCAACACACAACUUUGGCAACAGGGAGUUGCCUAGACAUAAUUUUCAGAGGUCCCAUUGCAAUGAUUAAUAUUGCUAAUCAUGUCAGACACUUGACAUGGAAGUCAGUGGUAAAAUCUUUAAAAUGUGCAUAUAAUAUUGGCAGAAAACUAGUGUUUCUCAUGAGAACUUAGAAAUCUGUAAAGCUUUGAACUACUUCCAUGAAUGAUGAUUUUAAGUACAACUUUAAAGUUUUGAUUUUUCUAUUUAAAUAAAAAGCUAUUGAUGUUUUAGCAUGUCCUCAAAAUAGAUUUCUGUAUUUUUUAUAGAUAUUAUCACAACCUCAGAUCCCUGCAAGACACUAUAUAAUCAAGUUUCCCUAAAGUUCACCCAUGAAAACCACUUGACCUAAAAACAAAACUAGAGAAUAGACUGCAACUCAAAAUAUAACAACAUCCUUGUUAUAAAAGAUGUAAUUGAAGUGACUAUAAUCCUUGUCCACUUUGAUGAUCCCAUUGGUGCAAUUUAGUUGCCAGAAAUAAUGCUGUAUAAUCUGAAGGCAGAGGUGAUGGGAAGAUUUUGUUAAGCAAGAAUUUUGUGUGAGUAUUCUUAACCUUCUUAGAUUAAGUUUCUGAAAUCUUCAGUUGUUAAAUAAUGGUGGUUGGAAUAUUGGUUCUGUUAGAGUUGAAUAGGAGUUUGAACAGAUUUUAAACCAGUGUGUGUUAAAACAGGGAAGUGUUUAUUUUCAGAUGAGGCAGAUUUGUAUUUCUCAGUUCAGCCUCAGACUCUUAGGUAAACAUGGAGGAUUUAUCUUCCUUCCUUAUCAUUAAUAUUAAUGGUUACUGGAUUAAAUUUACUGAUACAUUUAAUAUCAUAAUAGACUCAGAACCUCAGAUAUUUAUUUUCUCCCAGCCCGUAAUUCCUAUGUGGGAAAACAAUUUUUAUGAAAAGUUAGUCAAGUAUGAGGAAUUCUUUGCACUUUCCCAAGUAAAUUAAGUAACAGUGCUUUUAAGUAAAAGCUGUAGUCCCACAUUACUUUUAGCAUUGUGAUGGCCUUUCGUUAUCAUUACCCAAAGUAGCUUCAGCAUAUAGAUUAUUCAUGUUUCUCAACAAAAAACUUUUUAUGCCUCCCAGUAAAUUUGAAAAUGAGCAAAGUAUGACAGCCAUAUCUUUCAACUUUUGCUAAUAACGGCCUCAUUUAUGAUGUAACUAUAAAAUGAAAAGACCUAGAGUAAAGCAGUCUGAAUUAAUAGUGGUAGAGACAUGAAGAAACUGUACAGAGUCCUGAAACAUCUGCAUCUUUUUCUGGAAAGAAGGUCAUAGUUUUCAUUCAAUUACCAAAGGGCCUGUGUCCUGUGUUAAGCUUUUGUCUAAAUGAUUCUGGUAUUCUUCCACUGUUAAUCGUUAGCUUUGUACUGACUAGGCAGCCACUUCUGUUUUUGCAUCCAUUAGGGGGUAGCCCCUUUACAUAAAGAUUUUUUUUUUUUUUUAAGUCUUAGGUGUUACUUAAAAAGAAUGGUUUCCAGUCAACUAGUGCCCAGGGAAGAAAGAUGAAUGCCUUAUUUUAAGUUUAUUGUUUUUAAAUGUGAGUUACAAAACUAAAGAAAUAAACGUUUCUAAAAGCAAAAUGAAGCAAAGCACAUGAAUUCAUUAUAUCUUAAAUAUUUUAAAUUCUUUGUUUUCCCUUGGGGAUGUAUCCCUUUCAAUACUACGUAGAAAACUCUUUUACGUUUCUAGAUAAAAUUGCACUCAUUUUACAAGGAAAAGCAAAAUUAUGUCCUGAGUAAUUUUCAUGGCUGUGUUAAGCUGCUUAAUAAGCUUACCGUCUCGUUCUCUGGUUCUGGUGAUGGCAUAUAUGCCAGGCUAAUACCUUCCGUACUCUUCCCUUGCUCUUAGGUUCUGACUUAAAUGGCAGGUUCUUUGGCGACAGGGAUGUUUCAUUUACUGUUGGUUACUGUGGAUUAGAACAGUGCCUGGCACAUAGUAGGCAUUUAUUGAAAGAAUGUAAAAUAUUAGUUGACAGAUGUAAUCAUCCAGCACCCACAGUACCCAUCAUCUGUAUCAAAGGGCUUGAAAAAGCAUCGUUCCAGUGAAUCGUACUAACCCACUACUAAAGCCACAUACAUAAUUGAAAUGUACUGAAGAUAAGCCCUAGUGACUGUUAGAACAUACAACUUCCAUCUGGUUUUUGAGUAAGAAAGGAAAUCCUUUGUGGUCAUUUCAAACAUAUCAAAGUUCGUCUUUAAAGGCUUUAAUGGACACAACAGUAAAAUUCUCAUUUAAAUUCUGAGAACUAAUUUCAGGCUGUCUUUGACAAAGGGGUGAAUAAAGGUGAGAAUGAGAAGUGAGAAGAUUUUUCUCCAAUUACUCAGAUCCUCCCCCAGCCCUCCAUUUUAUUUAUAUUGUUUAUCUGGCUCAGUUUCUUCAUUUGCAGCAGGUAUUUUCUUUGCUUUUUAAACGUAUAUUGAAACCGCUUUUGUGACUAAAUAGGAUCUAAUUCAAGUCCAUCUCGUUAGUGAUUGGUAAUUGUUUGAUGGUAAUUGCCCUAGGUGAGGUCAAAGUUUUGCAUUUCAGAAGAAUUGUGUAACCCACCACCCCCACCCCAGUUUUCAAUCAGACUGAAACUGAGUGGCUGCCUAAUCAGAUAUCAACUAAGCCAUUUCUUGAUGCCCUUCUUUUAUGGUGUUCCUUAGGGUAUCUAAUGUACUAUUUAUAAGCACCUUUUUUGGUCCUGUGGGCAAACAUUUUGGUAGAUGGUUUCUUGGCUACCUCUACAACUAAAUAGAAGACUUGUUUUAAAAGGUGAGUCAUAAGAGGAACAGGUUUCUGUUUUCUGUUUGUAACUACCAGAUUUUCUCUUCUGUUUAUUGUUCUGAUGUAAAGAACCUCACACUUAUAUAAAAAUCAGACCUUUUGUAAAUAAAUUUAUUAGAAAAAAUGA